GGCAGACACGAUCAAGGUCAGAACUCCUUUGGCAUGUUUUGAUGUGGUAUAUCUUCUACUGUCGCUUACGUUGGUAUAACUUCAAACAUUUAAAUAUUCUACUUGAAGUCAGCGGAUAAUACAAAGUUUACAAAGAAACUUUGUUUUAAAUGGCGAUGUCAACGUUGAGACUAGAAAGAUUUUGCUUCACUGGCUCCUUCUUCAUUCAAUUUGGAUUUUAUUUUAGAAGAGCAGACGUUUAGUUGGAAAAACAUACAGACAACUAUUUAAAAAAAAUGACCAAGGAGUAAGUCGUCAAUAUUUAAAAGGACCGAUAUCAAGAUUCCAUUUUCGAUGUCGGAAGAUGCAUCGCUACGUAGGAGUGUAAUUGCCUGAUGAAAAUUAUGCAACGCUUGACGCCAUUUUCGUGUCUCUUGUUCGUCGCCCUGGUCGGAGGGUCGUUGACCACGGAUUGCUCGAUGUCGCCAACGGAACUAUGCUCACAAAAUUUCACAACCAUUGGAUGCCGCGAUGAAGAUUGCUUUAACCCAGUCAUCAUCACAUCUCGACCCAACAUGACCACCCCUCUCUGCGGGAACACAUGCGCGAGUCGUGGUUUCUACUACUCCGGGCUCUUCAACGGGACCGAAUGCUGGUGUGCCAACUCCCCGCCUUGUCAAGCGGAGAUGCACCGAAUGGAAGAUAACGUUUGCGGUAUGCCCUGUCCUGGAGAUGUCAACGAAUUCUGUGGAGGACAAAAUGCCGUGCAGAUUUACUCGCAUCCAGGUAAACACCCUGCGGUAGGAGAUUGGUGGUUUGAUGGCACACACACCAUUACGGAGUGCGAUGCAAUCGAUGUCCUCAACAUCGAAGUAGCCAUAUCGGUCACCGCCACCGGUCACACCCAAGAGGGCAAUUGGCAGUUGGACACCUGGAUUACCAAAGACCCAUAUGCAGAUGAACCUCGGAGAUACAACGAGGCUGCCGUGUCCCUAUCCUUGGAGAACGCCUCGAUUGGCUCACCACUUAGAACCAUUCAUAAGGAGAUCAGCAUCAACAUGUGGGACACGAGCAGAGUACCGUCCUGCCCAAAACUUAGGUUCCUAUGCGUUUUGCUUCGUCGCAAUGAUUUCUCCGAUGACGGUGGUGGCUUUCGGCCCUCAUGUCAUGAAAUCAUUUGUGAGAGUAACCCUCUUCGCUGGGUGAAGUGCUCGAACAAUCAAUGUACAUGUGAAGAUCGUCUAGUGAACACAUCGGCAAGUGAUGAACGAAAAUUCGAUGUCAUUGAAAAGGUCAACAUCACUGAGGAAUCCGUAGGCGAAGUCCUGGACGUGGUCGGGUCGCUGUCCUUUGAUGACUUCAACCCUGAUGAGGUGAUAUCCACAGCCAAUAUCGUCCAAAAUGUCAUUUCUUUGAACUACUCGGAUACAGAGAUGACAAAUGACGUCAUAAGCAUCAUCGACAGCCUCAUGAACUCUGACCCUGAAGUACUUGCUGUGGCCCAGGGGAGGAACCAAUCAAACAGUAGGAUGAUACAGGCUUUGGAACAUCAACUUCAGCUGGUUGACCUGACCAAGAACAACGGUUCUUUUACCUCCGUUCAACCAAAUCUAGCCGUUCAAAUCGAAGCGACCACAUCGGAAGAGCUUAGAAGAGGCAUCAAAUUCAUCUCACGGAGUUCGACCGUUGAUGACAUACUAACCAACAACGAUAUCGGUCUCCACGGCCACGAAGACUCGAUGGACAUCACGGACAUCAGGGCCUCGGCAAGCGUCAUAGCGGAAUUCGAAGACGAUCCAGACAAUGGUUCAGAGGAUCCAGACAUCAGGGUCGCAUUCGCUGUUGCCCGCGACCCAUCCUUGUUCAUUUCCGAUGUCGAUGAGCAUGCAGUGGGGACGUAUCGCAAUCGAAAUGGACGACGACGUCCCAACACGCCAGUGAUCUCGGUGACCGUAUAUGGGCCAGGACGAACGAAGAUAAAAACCACGGUUACCACAGUAUUUCGUCCUAUUGAGAAAGGCAACAGCUCUGUGAUCAUUGACGAUCCUGUCUGCGUCUUUUGGGAUUAUGAAGCCAGCAAUGGUACCGGAGGCUGGUCUGGCUAUGGUUGUUUCCUCCAGAACGACUCGGACACCGAGAACUUCACGGCGAUUGUCUGUUCAUGUAACCACACGACGAACUUUGCCGUUAUCAUGAAUUUCCACAGUCCUAACCCAUCUGUCAUCUUCCAAAAGACUUCGAAGUACUUGAGUUACAUCGGUUGUGCAGUAUCUAUUGGCAGUCUAAUCAUAACAUUGGCGGUUUAUGUACUUUCGCCAAAACUUCGUCAGAAGCAACCCAAUCAGAUCUUCAUGAGCAUAUGUCUGUCUCUGCUCUUCCUCUACGUCACCUACAUCAUGGUAGUCAUACUCAACCAACAACGGCUCGUCGUGGUCGAAUCCGAAUUCGACGUCGGCGAUGAGAAGGAUGUUGAGAUAUGGUGCUUUUGCCUCGCAGCCCUGAUUCAGUACUUCACUCUGACAUCUCUUUUAUGGAUGGGCGUUGAAGGUGUUAAUAUGUACCAACUCUUUAUAAAGGUCUUGAAUGCAAGGAUUCCCGGUUUUAUGGCAAAAGCUUCUUUCGUUGCGUGGGGAUUACCAGCCAUCAUCGUCGUUGUCACUGGGGGGAUAGCUCGCAGGAAUUACGUCGACCCAGAUCUGUGUUUCCUUGCAAAGAUGCCUAAGCUUGGUGGUUUGCUAUGUCCCAUUGGUGUGAUCAUCGUAGCAAACAUCGUCAUCUUUACCAUGGUUAUCAUCAGACUCGGACGAACCAUACGGACAACAUCACCCAAGAGGGACAGUAUCAUCAUGCGUGUCAAAGAGGGUCGGCAACGAUUGCAGAAAGCCAUCUGUAUUUUCCUUCUCCUAGGACUCACCUGGUCAUCAGGGUAUCUUCUCCUCAUCGGCACCGCCUUCAAUCAGAUCUUCCAGAUCAUCUUCAUCGCCUUGAACUCCUUCCAGGGAUUCUUCAUCUUCGUCAUCUAUUGUCUUCGACAGCGCGUCGUACGGGCCGAGCUGAGCAGGAUGUGUGGUUGUGGAGAAUCCAAGAAACGACGAAGUAUCUCACUCUCCAGUGCCAGUCAACGGGAAGAGACGAUGAAGACCCGUCAUACAGAGAUGCAGUCGACGACCAUCGGUCCAUCAUAUCAGGGUAUCGAGCUCGAAAUAUCAGAUGCUGAAGAUGCAGUAAGUCAGCCGAAUGGAGGGACCAGUGGGGAAGAAGGGGAUCGUACAGAAGUGGAGCCUGGUCAACCUGACAUGCCCGAUAGAGAAAGGGGAAAACGAAAGAGCUCUGCACGUCCAGUCAGGCAAAGGAAAAGUUGGUUAAGCUAUGCCGAGAUACGGCAGCAUUUGGAGGUGGUGCUGUCCAGGCAUGCCAGAGGGAGGAGAAGUCGCAAACGGAAAGAGGACCUUUCUUCAGAGUGUUGGGCUGUUGGUAAGCAGGACAAGAAUAGGUCUCUUGAGUCACAAGAAUAAAAAUAAUGCUAUAUAUGCAUAUCGCUUCAAAAUAACUCCAAUAUCAGAUAUAAUUUGUAUUUGAAAAUAUGUGGUUAAGGAAAUGCUAGCAUCAUUAUUUCCAUUCAUCAAGCCAUAGGGUAGCGUGAGAGACAAGUUAUUAAGUAAUCUUGGUAAUAAAGGCGUAGAUUACCAUGAUUACAGAGCAAGUCAAGAAACGGCCAAAUGUUAUUAAAAAUCAAUCUGUUUAUGGGCAACGAAAUUCAGAUUAUAUCUUUUAGUAAUAGAAAGAAUAUCUUUUUAUAGAUUCAAAGAUAUCAACAAAGACGGGUUGACGAAUUAAUAAUGUCAUGUUGAUUUUUCCCAUCAUUUUGCGUAUUUCUAUGGAAGCCAAAUGUGAUGAAAGGUGUAUAAAAGUGUGUAUUUUAUUAAUGUUUGUAUUUAUUUUCAUAAUUUUUAUUGAGCUUUGGCCCUGAGUAAUCUGUGCUUUUUGGUGAAAUUUGUUUCUCAGCUGGGGGUGGGGGUAACCUCCAUCUGGGGCCCGUCUUACAAAGAGUUGCGAUUGAUCCGAUCAAUCGCAGCUAUGAAAAGCCUGCAAAGUCAGCAUAUAAAAUGCAUGUUUGUUAUUUAUUUAUUUAUUAGGUCUUCUUUAUAGCCCUUUCAAUAUCGAGUAUUGUUCAAGUUACAAAGUAAAACCUUACAUAAUACAUGAUAAUAAUAAAAAAAUAGUAUUAUACUUCGGAUAUUAAUCACAUUCACGCAUAAACAUCCACACACACGAGCACACAACCUCACGCACACAUACGCCUACACAA